UUCUGGGUCGGGUCCUGUCCUGCCUGAGGCCAUGGUGUGUUAUCUGGAGAACUACGAGGCUGAACGCAUCUCUGAAAUAUUCCUGGGAGAGUUUGACACACCUGAGGCCAUUUGGAGCAGUGAGAUGAGGCGGAUGAUGAUUGAAAAGAUAGCUGCUCAUGUUGCUGACUUCAGCCCCAGGCUGCAGAGCAACACGCGGGCCCUCUACCAGUACUGCCCCAUUCCUGUGAUCAGCUAUCCUCAGCUCGACAACGAGCUCUUCUGCAACAUCUACUACCUCAGACACCUGUGUGACACCACCCGCUUCCCUAACUGGCCGAUAAUAGAUGCUGUAAAGCUGCUAAAAGACACACUUGAAGCCUGGAAGAGAGAGGUGGAGAAGAAACCUCCAUCUAUGUCUGUGGAUGAUGCCUAUGAAGUCCUAAACCUGCCCGAAGGACAGGGACAGCAUGAGGAGAGUAAAAUCAGGAAAGCUUACUUCAGAUUGGCGCAGAAGUAUCAUCCUGACAAGAACCCAGAAGGAAGAGACGUUUGAGAAAGUCAACAAAGCCUACAAGUUCCUUUGUACAAAGUCUGCAAGAAUCAUAGACGGCCCUGACCCAGAAAACAUCAUCCUCAUCCUGAAAACUCAGAGCAUCCUGUUCAACCGACACAAACAAGAACUGGAAUUGUACAAAUAUGCCAGCUACCCAGAGGAUGACAGAGGAUGAGCAGCUCUUCUCAAAGGCCUUCCCCCUCCUGCCAGCUGCUGUCGAGCUCGCUUUCCACACCGUCAAGAUGCACAGAUGUAUACGUACCUGGAGGUGAAGAUGUGAGAGAGUCAGACACAGCCAGCAGUGAUGAGUGUGGAGACAGACCCCAGUCUGCUUAAUGGUAAUUUUCCUCUUAAAAAGCUGGAGAAUGUUAGUUAAGAUAAAACCAAAAUUGUGGGUACAUGCUGCAGUGAUGAAGUGUCUUUACCCCGAAGCAUGAGUCUGAAGUU